AUGGCGGAUCCUCUCAGCAUAGCAUCUGGCAUUGUUGCGUUGGUAACCUUUGCCCUUACAUCCAGCGCCCGCGCCUUUAAGAUCGAACUCAGCGAUAUAACGACUGUCCUGGAGUCACUCUUGGAGACUGUGAACAAUAAUCCUGACAUUAAUUUUGAGGCUCUGAAAGCCCCUUUACACCGUUGCGGGAACGCAUGCAAUGAGUAUGGAGAGCUUAUUUGUCGCUUUAUGCGACCUGCUAUAACACUAAGAGUCCUUGAGGAUUACAAGGAUAUGAUUUCGGAUAUAACCCAGGAUCUAAAAGAACAUUUGCAAAGGCUGGAUGAAAAAAUCCAGCUUCUGUCGCAUUCUGACCAGAGUAAUACUGAGUGGCAAGCAAUGAUAGAGGAGAAAAUGAGCAUACAGCAAGUGCCGGAAGAGAAUUAUCAAUUUUCCGAGCGUCCUUCGGCAUAUAAAUAUGUUAAAAGUGGAUUAGACGCUGCUAAGGGUUCUAUCAAUAAGUUUGUGACACAGUUGCGUAACUAUGAAGAGGACAUCGAUAAUCGAAUGCAGGUUAUGGCUUCUACGCAUCCUAUAUCUAAGGACGCAGUCGCGGAGCUUGAGCGACUACGCGCGACGAAAGCUAGCGAUACCAGAGCCGUUGAGCGAUACAAUGUCUUCGAGGAUAUUACUCUUGCCGAUGAUGCCUAUAACUUUACUAUCUCGACAAUCGGAGACCUUGUAACCGCCAGGCGCAUUAAUCUUACAGGACGGUCACGCAAUGUUGGAGGAUAA